GACGGAACUCGUCGUCUCUUGGUUCCGCAGUGAAAAUGGCCUCCCGUGCCGCGAGUGGCAGAUGAGCCGCAGUCCGCCGCCGUUCACAGACACUAUCGAGCCCCGUGGUCCGAGUCCCUUAACCCGGGUGUGUUGCGGAGCUCGUCGCGGUGGGUCUAGCGAGGCUGACGAGGCACACGAAGCCGCCGCCAUGCCUCACCCCCUGUGGCCGGAGCCGCUGUCCGCAGCCCAGCUCAAGCGGCUGGAGGAGCACCAGUACAGCGCGGCCGGCCGCUCGCUGGUCGAGCCCCCGUGUCAGGUCUACUGGAACUGGCUCGUGGAGCAGACGCCCACCUGGGUCGCCCCCAACACGCUGACCAUCGUGGGCCUGAUGGUCAACAUCGUGUCCACCGUGGUGCUCGUGUAUUAUUGUCCCACGGCCACGGAGGAGGCUCCGUGCUGGGCCUUCCUACUGAGCGCUCUGGGCCUCUUCAUCUACCAGUCUCUGGACGCCAUCGACGGGAAACAGGCCCGGAGGACAAACAGCAGCUCACCGCUCGGGGAGCUCUUUGACCACGGCUGCGAUGCCGUCUCCACAGUGUUUGUUGCUAUCGGAACAUGCAUCUCGUGUGGUAUCGGUAGAUUCCCAGACUGGAUGUUCUUCUGCGGCUUCAUUGGGAUGUUCAUGUUCUUCUGCGCCCACUGGCAGACCUACGUGUCCGGGACGCUCCGCUUCGGCCUGGUGGACGUCACAGAGGUGCAGUUCUCCAUCAUGAUCAUGUACGUGAUGUCGGCUUUCGGAGGCGUGGGCCUUUGGCAAACUACGCUGCCGAUCAUCGGGGUGCAGCUGUACGUCUUCCCCAUCGUGGGCAUCAUCGGAGGGGCCCUCUACUCCUGCUACAACUACUUCUAUGUCAUUUUGAACGGGGGUGUUGGCAAGAACGGCUCCACUGUGGCUGACACCAGCGUGCUGAGUCCUGGUUUGCACAUCGGCCUCAUCCUCACCGUGGCCUUCAUGAUUUUCAAGAUGUCUUCCAGCCGCCUGUUCGAGAACCACCCCUGUCUCUACCUGCUAGCCUUCGGCAUGGUCAUCGCCAAGAUCUCCAACAAACUGGUGGUCGCUCACAUGACUAAGAGUGAGUUGCACCUGGCAGACUCGGCCUUCAUCGGCCCGGGCCUCCUCUUCCUCAACCAAUACUUCAACAGCUUUAUAGACGAGUACAGCGUCCUCUGGAUCGCCACGAUCCUCUCUCUUCUGGAUCUCGUGCGCUACUGCACAGGCGUGUGCAUCCAGAUCGCCUCCCACCUGCGCAUCCAAGUGUUCAGCAUCACGCCGCCGGGCCAGAAGCACCGCGACUGACGGCCUGCCCGGCGGGAGGAGGCGGGGGGGGACACGGACAUCUCCCCGCUCCUGGAAGCAGACGAGAACCACGAGGGCGAGAAGCGACCCUCGGCCCUGAGCCACUGCAGCCUUGACAAAGUGACCACUUCGGAUUGAAAACUGCCUCUUUGAGCAGACGGGGAAAACAAAUUAAACCAACUGGACUCUACAAACCAAAAAUAAUAAUAAUACAGAAACGUUUGAAAAGCACGGAUACGUGGAAUAAGAAAAUUAGUUGGAACCAGAGUUCCCUUUAUAAUGGUUUUAAUUUAAUCACGAGUGCAUGUCCAAAUAAAAGAGUUUUACAUUUUGAAAGGUUACUCUUUACAAUUCAAUACCAAAAUGUUUAUAUUUCAGUGGAUAUUUCAGUUUUGGCAAAUAUCAAAGCAUUUUUAUCAGCUUUGAAUUUUUAAAAGAAAUUAAUCAUAUGGCGGUCGUGACCAUCAAAUUAAUCAAUAAAUCACUGAUAUUUUCCCAAACUGAAAAGAGAAGCCACCGAAACGUCUCUUAAUCGUUCUGUUUGUAUUUAUUAAAUGAAUGUGAAUCAAUCGGGGGGGGAAAAAUUAAUCGGUUUUGAAAAAAUACAAAAUGAAGUUUGCGAUAUGUCAGAUUGUCAGUGAGCUACAUGAAGGGGUAACGGUUUCGUGUUAAGGCUGAAGUUAUUUCAUCUCAUUCUACAGACGUGGAAAAUAAAGAUAUAAGAUUUACCUGCAGCCUUUUAGCGCCGUCAGCGGAUGAAGCGUUAACAUUGGACUCGUCCUGCUUUCUCUGUUCUUCUCCCUGAAGGGCUAACGCUAUAAUUAUGUGAUUGUACAGAAUUCAACUGAAGACGCCUUAAAAUAUUUUUGUUGUAAUUACUGUUAAUCUUUGUGCAUAUUUAAAGUUCUUUUCUUUUUUCCACUGAAAUGUCGCGAAACAUCGGAAGCUGUUCACUCGGGACAUUUCUUCACUUAUACAAAUGUAAAUUAUGUAUAGGUGAGUGAUUCAUUCGCAGAUUUGUUGGGUUGUCGGUAAUUUUUACUCAUUAUUCAGGUGCAUUCUGGAUGAAAAGGGAUAUUUCUGUAGUGCCGGGAAACUAUUUAGAGGUAAAAAAAAAAAAAUUAACCAGCGGUAUUCUUGAUUUGCUUAAAUAACAUCUCUUCAGGAUUGUGGACCUUAUAAAGAGACAUGUCCUAAAAAAAGUUGAUUUUGCAUAAGUGAGGAUCAAGUGUGGAACUAUGCAUCAGGACGUAUAACCUUGAUUUGUACACCAUGUUGCACUGUUGAAUUAUAGGAAGACGCCUUUCUACUAACAGACACAAGUGGAAACGAUUGUAAUAAAGAAAGUAUUUUUCCUGUG